AUGCGUUCGCUCAUAUCAGCCAUCCUCUUCCUAUUCACCAUAGCCCCCUUUGUCCUAGCCGACUAUUCCAUAACAAAUCCGGGUACCGGCGUGACAUGGAAAAAAGGGGAUACCGUAACAGUGGAAUGGAUCAUAACUUCCAAGACUGAUAACACGGUUGACGUGAAAUUGUUACGCGGACGGGCAGAGAAUCUACAACCUGUCAUUACUCUGUGCACCGGAGUCGACCCAACCGUAGGCCAUUGCAAUUUUGCUGUCCCCGAUAAUUUGGCAUCGGAUCACAACUAUGCUGUUACCGUUGGAAAUGACGUCAGUCAUACUGGAUAUUCGAGUUUCUUCAGCAUCGAAUCCUCCGGCGAUCUUCCACCACAGUCGGGCUGUCCCAACUUUGGGGGCCAAAACUGUCCGAGCACAUUACCCUGCUGUAGUUUUGCCGGAUACUGUGGUGAUAGUGAUGAUCACUGUGGUAGAGGUUGUAUGCCUCAAUUCAGUUUCAAUGGAUUAUGCGUGAAAUCCGGUGGCGCACCACCUGUUCCUCCAAAGAAUAACACGAUCGUGCCUCCGCCAAAGAGUACCACAAUCAAACAUUCACCAACCAAAACUUCAAGCAAGAAGCCUUUACCAAAGAAAACGCAAACCAAAAAAUCUCCAAAAAAGAAAACCUCGACCAAGAAAUCUCCACCAAAGAAAACCUCGACCAAGCAUUCAACGAAAACUAAGCAUCCACAAAAGAAAACCUCGAUCGCCAAGAAACCCGUAAAUAAGGCAUUUUGUCGCCUAAGAUAG